CCCCGGCCAGGGAUCCGGGGCCCUCCCCAUUGCACGGACACGGGGGUGCCCCCCCUCCCCUCGCAGGACUGGGACCAGGAGCUGCCCCGCAGCCGGGCCGCCCCCCUCCCCUCCCACCAUGUCGACCUCCUCGCUGCGGCGCCAGAUGAAAAACAUCGUCCACAACUACUCGGAGGCAGAGAUCAAGGUGCGGGAGGCCACGUCCAACGACCCCUGGGGCCCGUCCAGCUCGCUCAUGUCGGAGAUCGCCGACCUCACCUACAACGUGGUGGCCUUCUCGGAGAUCAUGAGCAUGAUCUGGAAACGGCUCAACGACCACGGCAAGAACUGGCGCCACGUCUACAAGGUGCCACCCUGGGGUCCUGCCUCCCAGCACCCUGCCCUAACCACUAGUCCCCCCCUCCCCCGGCGUCUGGCGGGGCAGGAGCCCCAGGGAGCCUGCGGGAGGCGCUCGCCAGGGUGCUCCGUGCUGCUAGAAGGGGCCGAGUGGGAUGCGGCCUGGCCCCGGGCUGCCUCCCUGCUCCGUUCUCUGAGGAGAAAAAUAGAGCCCCAAGGCCUGGGCGACCACAGCGGAGCCUGGCCCCGCACCCCACUGCGUCCCCCUCCUGUCCUGUCAGGCCGGGCCGGGCUGCUGCAGAAUCACUGGUGUCCCGUGCCCGGGAGGUCCCCUUGUACCCAGCCUCUGCCCACCCCAGAGAGGCCAUGUGCCAGGGCCGGGUGCGGGGUCCUCGUGUACCCAGCCCUCCCCCACCCCCCGAGGGGCUGUCCCGGUGCCAGGCGGGGGAGGCUCCGUGUCCCCAGCCCCUGCCCACCCCCAAGGGGCUGCAUCGUGUCUUUCUUCCCUGCAGCCUCAUCGGCCUCGGCCGCCAGCGCCCCGACGGAGGCAGAGCAGGCCUGGCCCCAGAGCAGCGGUGAGGAGGAGCUGCAGCUGCAGCUGGCGCUGGCCAUGAGCAAGGAAGAAGCGGAGCAGCCCCCCGUUGCCGUCGCCGAAGAAGACCUGCAGCUCCAGCUCGCUCUUAGCUUGAGCAGAGAGGAGCACGACAAGGUUAGAGCCGCCCCCGGACGAUCUAACACCCUCCCCACCAUAGGAGUGUGGGCUGGCCUUCCCCCCACCCCCACUGCACUAACCCCCGCCCCGACUAGAUCAGCGCUAACUCCACUCACUGCUCGCCAUCACCUCGCAGAACUUUUCUCGCCUCCAGGGAAAAGAUCCCCUGCCAGUGACCCGUGGUCGUCGGGCCCAGCCCCAGCUCCCCAGGGGAAACCCGCGGCCGACCCCUGGGCCCCCGCGCAGACCUUCCCCGACCCCUGGGGGGGGUCGCCUUCGAAAGCCAGCACCAACUGCACCGCAGCCAGCGGAGCCUUCGAGCCGGACGAAUUCUCGGAUUUCGACAGCCUGCGCCCCGCGCUGCCCAAGUCAGGGAGCAGCACAGGUGGGCUGGGGGGGCCUCCGGCUGCCUCCCCCUCCUCCCCUCGAAAGAGGAAGUUUGGCAAGAGAACCCCCUGGUUUAACCAGGAGAUAGUUGAUGUUCUAAAAAUCAAAAUGGAGCCCUACGAAAAGUGGAAAGUAGGUAAAAGUACAAAGGAUGAAUAUGAACAAAUAACACAUACGUAG